UGGGAGCAUGAGUGAAAAUGAGGGGGAUCUCCAGCGAGAUGGGCCGGAGGCAGCCAAACCCUGUGGGGCCAUUUCGGACAUUUUCAUGAGGGAAGCUUCUCCUCCGGGCUGCGACCAGGAAGUGCCCCGUCUGAGGCCAGACCUUCUCUCCCCAGAGACAGGGCCAGAGAAGACUUCUCGCUGUAGUUUCCGGAAGCGUAAGGAGACUGUGGUGCACCAGCGAGCAUUCAUGGGAGAGAAGCCCUACAUCUGCAUCGAGUGCGGGCAGAGCUUCAACCGCAGCUCCGACCUGAUCCGCCACCAGAGGAUCCACACCGGGGAGAAGCCGUACAUGUGUGCUGACUGCGGCAAGAGCUUCAGCCGCCGCUCCCACCUCAUCCAGCACCAGCGCGUCCACACGGGUGAGCGGCCGUACCAAUGCAAGGACUGUGGGAAGAGCUUCAGCCAGAGCACCCACCUAGUGCAGCACCAGCGCAACCACACUGGCGAGAGGCCUUAUGUCUGUGCCAAGUGUGGGAGAAACUUCUACCAGAACUCAGGCCUGCUCCGCCACGCCAACUUUCACACGGGCGAGAAACCCUACAAGUGCCCCCAGUGCGGGAAGCGCUUCAGCGACAGCUCUAACCUCAUUGCCCACCAGCGGCUCCACACGGGCGAGAAGCCCUACAAGUGUGCUGACUGCAACAAGUGCUUCAGUGAGAGCUCUAAGCUGGUCAUCCACCGGCGUGUCCAUACAGGUGAGAAGCCAUAUUUGUGCCCUGACUGUGGGAAGAGUUUCAGCCAGCGCUCGCACCUUGUCCAGCACCGUCGCACCCACACUGGGGAAAAGCCCUACAAGUGUGCCGAGUGUGGGACCUGCUUCAGUGACAACUCUACCCUCAUCCGUCAUCGUCGUACCCACACUGGGGAGAAACCUUUCAAGUGCUCCCACUGUGGGAAGAGCUUCAGUCGCAACUCCUACUUAGUCUCACACCAGCGGGUGCACAUGUGGUAGGCAGCGUCACUAGGUGUGGUCUGGGGGUGAUCUAGGAUGCAGCUCCUGGUCCAGGCCUGUCCAAAAUGUGCCUAAGGGACAAGGGGGUGGACAAGAGUGUGACUACACCAGGGCCCCUGGAUUAUAGGCAGCUGGCCAGAGUAAUGCCUUUGGCCCAUGUUGCCCUUUUCAGUCACCUCCUCCUCCCAGUGCACCUCGGUCAUGGACAGAAAUGAGCAGUGGUUGCAGUGCGUAGUUCUGCAUCCCAAGGCCCAGUCAUCCUCUUUCCCUGGUACUAGAAUUGGAUGCCAUCUGCCACGUGGCCAAGGUGCAGAUGUUUUCUCCCACCUCCCCGUGAGAGGUGUCUGCCUGGGAGCCUGAGGAGAGAAUGCACAACGUCAGGUCACGUAAUGAGAAGCUGCUUGGUCAUGGAACAUACACAUGUGUGGUCAUGUCAAGGGAAAUAAGAUGGGAGAUGGGGUCCUUAAGGGGCUUUGUUCCACUCACGGCUGAAAUGUUGUGACCUAUAUAAUAUUGCACAGGUCUAUGGAAGUUCACCAUGCUUGUGAUCUAAGCCAGCUCUGUGUCUCAUACAGCAGUCAGGAAGGUCAAAGCUAAGUAAGUCCUGCUGAGAAGCUGGAGACUCUGCAUUAUGCAUAUACAGCAUGCAGGCCAGCUUGAAGCAGAGGCAAAGACCACUUGAGUCUGCUUGUAAAAGGAACACGUAGGCAUACCGUGAACGAGAGAAGGAGGGCAUGCCUGCAAAGGUUCUCUGCAAAUGCUGCUUGGAUGGAAGGAACAAGGUUGCUGCAGGAUAGGGGCAUAGCCUGUUCUGGAAUCUCAGAACUGGUGGGUAACUGAUGUAGAAAACUAUCAUACCUGGAGGCUUAAAAAAAAAUAAUCAGAAUUAUACUUGCUGCUGCUAAGACUGUGGUACGCAACUUGACAGGUAUAUGGAGGUCGCCUGUGAGUUUGUACUGGUAGCCUCCUCAUUCUGCAGAAUUUGGGUUCACAGGUACAGUUCAAGUGGGCUGGUGUAAACUGUGUUGCAAAAUGGGACAGAACAACAGUGUACUAGGACUGACCUGAUUCUAUACCAGUAUUUCUCAAGUCCUAUUUUGACCAGUGUGUGUGUGCGCAUGUGUGUAAAUAACAUCUAUAUGUAUGUAUUCACAUAUGUAUGAACUAGCUUUUAUACUAAGUGUAUCUUCACACUCACAUGUGACCGAUCAUGCGCACACACACCAUGGCAGUAGUCAAAAUGGCCAGCUGUACGACAUUACACCGUAUCAGUACUCAAAACGCUAAACAUACUGUAUAUACUAGCAUUUCUCAGUAAGAAGCUGGGAGAAAUAGAUUUUGUACCAAAACAUCUGAAUUUUCGUAUCAGGACAUUCGGUUUUACACUGUUUACUUUGUGUGUGUGUGUAUAAGAUCUGGAAUUGAGUUGUUUUAUUUAUAUAUCUAAAAAAAUGUGUGGCCCCUAUGGUUGCAAGGAAUGACUUCUAAAUGUCACUCAGUGUAGUGCUCUUUCCCCUUGUUUUACACAGGUACAUAUCAGUGGCAGUUGUAGGAUGUACCCCCAUCAUGGUUUUAACUACAAGGACUUGCAGUGCAACACUUUACAUCAUUGUUUAUAUUUUUUACUGUUUUGCUGCUGAUCAUUUUAGUGACUAUAUCGACUGGUGUGCUUAUCCAGCACUGCUGGAGCUUAGAAAAAAUUUCUGGGUUUGCGAUGUACCUUACUAAUCCUGCAACUGGCUCCAUGGCUUCAGUAGGUCUCUGGAAAAAGGAAUGCAGACUGAACUGAAGCCAGUGAAAAGACUGGAGCUGUGGUGGGGAAGAGAUGAAGGAAAUAAAGAUGCUAAGAAGAUCCAUGGAUUUGAGCAGCUGCUGGCCAGGGAUGCUUGUGAAUGGCUUGCUCUGCAGAACUUGCUACUCUCCAAGGGAUUGCAGGGAUCCUUUCUGCAAGCCCCAAGCCACUUCUUGACACUCAACUGCUGAUAAAGUGUUAUUUUCAUAUAGUUUAAUAAAAAGGAGCUGUAGGGGGAGGAUGAAAUUGUUUGCAGCUCCUAGAGGAACAAGGCACCUUUAUGUGCAGCUCCUCAGGGAAGUAGAAGGAGCUUUCAGAAAUGGGGUGGGCUUUGUUUACACAGGAACCAAAGCCUUCGUUUGCAAAUGCACAUUUUUGCUUUUAGCUUUGUGUUUGGUUUUUUUUUUUUAUGAACAGCUUCAAGCCAAUGACUUCUUGAUUUCUGUUCCACUUCUGGAAAGUGGUUUGGAAAUGUGACUAACGGUCAUCUAAUUGGUUCCAGAAGCAUCAAGGUUUUCAUUUGCUAGCAGACUUUCAGAAGGGAUACUACAGCUCUCAGUUCGUAGGCUCAUUUUUAACUGAAUUCAAAGGUUAUGCUGCGGUCCAGCUGUAGAACUGAUCAAUUUGUGUGGGUCUGUCCCAUUCCAGUUCAAGUUUCCUAAAGGAAAUCUACAGCACUGAAACUGUUUGGCUGAGAAACCCGGUUUGCCAGGGAAAGGCAUCUUGUGAAUGCAACUUUUCUUUUGGCAAUCUGAAUGGAGUCGCUGUAGCAGAUCAAUGAAAUCCAACCCAGGUCUGCACAUAGCUGAGCUCAACUCAAAGGGAAACCCUCUCACAUUGAGAUUCUGGUUUGAGAAGCCAGCUGCCCCUGAAUAUGCCUUCGCAGCAGUCCUCAGAGCAUUUCUUUUCCUUUCUACAUGCUUUGUGAAGUGCUGUGUCUACUUGACAGUGCUCUAUAAAUUAAAAGGAUUGACAUGCAUUUAUUUCUAAGUUCUUUAUGAACUUAUUUAAAACUGUAUGCCAAAUCAAAGUGGCCUUAGGGUUCACAGCACAUUGCCAGUGCAGUAGUCUUAGCGGCUAGGAUUGGAUUGCUCACCAGUGUAAGCACAUUUCUGGAGUUCCUUUCCACAGCCACUGUUAGUUUUCCCUGUUCAGUGUCACUUGGCUGAAAUAAUUCACUUCCCCUAGCCUGUCUGCCCUUUACUGUUUGUGAUCAUCUAGCUGGAGAGGAGAAUCUGGGCACCACCCUUUGCUAUUGCAGAAGUUACAGGCUGUGUUCCUCUUCUUCCAGGGAUUUAAUCGCUUUCUGGGCAGCACAAACUCACAAGCCAAAUUCAGAAGACAGAGGUAUGGGCACAUGCAAAAAAUCAAGAACCAGAAGGUUUACUUUCACAGCAGCUAGCUCACUGGCUUCUCUACCAGCUGUCUCCUCCCUCAGGAUCAUAGUGGGAGACUACUGGAAAAAGCAAAAGACUGACCCCCUGAGCAUCAGUUUCUUGGCCCCUGGCAGGACCAGAUUUGGAAAUACAUGUGUCAUCCUUCACAGAGGGAUGACUAUUACUUAGCACAGCUGCUGUGGAAUGCAAAUAAGAAUCCAGAGGU